GUUCUCCCGGACGCCUAGCGGUCCUGCCAUGCCAGCGCUGCGGCAGCGGCUCUCCGUGUCAGACCGCGGUUCCGUGUGAGCGAGCUGCGGCGGAGGACGGGCGUGGAACUGGGCACGGGUGAGUUGGCGCGGUCUAACGCGAUAAAGGCAGGCGGCACCUUGGCACGGGGCUGAGUCAGGUAGAUGGACUCGUGUGGUUGUCUCUCCGGAGACACCGUUAUCGUUGAGCCCGCAACCGCAGGGUGAGGAGAAGCCAGAACCCGGUCCCAGCUUAGCGCCCCGUUCUCGCCCUCGGCACCCGCCGCCAUCGCCACCAUGCAGGCCCGGGAAGACGCUCCGCGCUCCCGCCGCCUCGCCAGCCCCCGCGGUGGGAAACGGCCCAAGAGGGUCCACAAGCCCACGGUGUCGGCCUUUUUCACGGGCCCGGAGGAGCUGAAGGACACGGCCCACUCGGCCGCGCUGCUGGCGCAGCUCAAGUCCUUCUACGACUCCCGGCUGCUGUGCGACGUGACCAUCGAGGUGGUGACGCCCGGCAGCGGGCCUGGCACGGGCCGCCUCUUCUCCUGCAACCGAAACGUGCUGGCCGCCGCCUGCCCCUACUUCAAGAGCAUGUUCACCGGCGGCAUGUACGAGAGCCAGCAGGCGAACGUGACCUUGCACGACGUGGACGCCGAGUCCUUUGAGGUGCUGGUCGAAUACUGCUACACCGGCCGCGUGUCCCUGAGUGAAGCCAACGUGGAACGCCUGUACGCGGCCUCCGACAUGCUGCAGCUCGAGUACGUGCGGGAAGCCUGCGCUUCCUUCCUGGCCCGCCGCCUGGACCUGGCCAACUGCACCGCCAUCCUCAAGUUCGCUGACGCCUUCGGCCACCGCAAGCUGCGGUCGCAGGCCCAGGCCUUCAUCGCCCACAACUUCAAGCAGCUCAGCCAGAUGGGUCCGAUUCGGGAGGAGACUCUGGCAGAUCUGACCCUGACCCAGCUGCUGGCUGUCCUGCGCCUGGACAGUCUAAACAUAGAGCAGGAGCAGAUAGUGUGUCACGUUGCCCUGCAGUGGUUGGAGGCGGCUCCCAAGGAGCGGGGUCCCAGCGCUGCGGAAGUCUUCAAGUGUGUCCGCUGGACACACUUCGCUGAUGAAGAUCAGGAUUACCUGAAAGGGCUGCUAACCAACACCACUGUGAAGAAGUACUGUCUGGACCUUAUUGAAGGGGCUGUGCAGAUGCGAUAUGGUGACAUGAUGUACAAGUCUGUGGUGCCAAAGCCAGACGAUGGCAGUGGCGAUGGCGGUGGCGACGGCGGUGGCAGCGGCAGCGGCAGCUGCAGUAGCAGCAGUUGUUGCAGCAGCAGCAGCAGCAGCAGCAGCAGCAGUAGCUGUAGCAGCAGCAGCAGCAGCAGCAGCUCUGUUGUAUAUGCAGGAGAAAAUCCACCCCACAGGUUGGGUGUGUGUGCCAAGAAGAUGGUGAUUUUCUUUGGUCACCCUAGAGAUCCCUUUCUGUGCUGUGACCCCUAUUCCGGGGAUAUUUACAAAGUGCCCUCGCCUUUGACCUGCCUUGCUCACACUAGAACUGUAACCACCUUAGCCGUCUGUAUCUCUCCGGACCAUGACAUCUACCUAGCUGCCCAGCCCAGGAAAGACCUGUGGGUGUAUAAACCAGCCCAGAAUAGUUGGCAGCAACUUGCAGAUCGCUUGCUCUGUCGUGAGGGCAUGGAUGUGGCUUACCUCAAUGGCUACAUUUACAUCUUGGGUGGCCGAGACCCUAUUACUGGACUUAAAUUGAAGGAAGUGGAAUGCUACAGUGUUCAGCGAAACCAGUGGGCACUGGUGGCUCCACUACCCCAUUCUUUUAUCUCCUUUGACCUAAUGGUAAUUCAGAACUAUCUUUACGCUCUCAACAGUAAGCGCAUGUUUUGCUACGAUCCUAAUCACAAUAUGUGGCUGAAGUGUGUUUCCCUUAAGCGCCAUGACUUUCAGGAAGCCUGUGUCUUCAAUGAUGAGAUCUAUUGUAUCUGUGACAUCCCAGUCAUGAAGGUCUACAAUCCAGUCAGAGGAGAAUGGAGGCAGAUCAAUAAUAUUCCUUUGGUGUCGGAGACCAGCAACUACCGGAUCAUCAAUCAUGACCAAAAACUGUUGCUGAUUACCUCACGCACCCCACAAUGGAAAAAGAACCGAGUGACUGUGUAUGAAUAUGACAUUAGUGGAGACCAGUGGAUUAAUAUAGGUACUACAUUAGGCCUCUUCCAAUUUGAUUCUAACUUUUUCUGCCUCUCAGCUCGUGUUUAUCCUUCCUGUCUUGAGCCUGGUCAGAGUUUCCUCACUGAGGAAGAGGAAAUACCAAGUGAAUCUAGUACUGAAUGGGAUUUAGGUGGAUUCAGUGAACUAGAUUCUGAGACAGGAAGUUCAAGUUCUUUAUCUGAUGAUGAUUUGUGGGUACAGGUAGCACCUCAGUGAAAUAUACAGGAGUAGCAGAAUUUGUUAUAGAUAGGUUGAAACACUAAGGUGUUUUUAUUGCUUUGGAAAGUAUCUAAAAGAUAUACCCUUUCCCUUUACUGGAAAAAUGUUGAUUAAUUUCAGGUUUUCUUUAGAAAGGGUAUUAUUUGAAAUACUAAUGUAAUUUAAGGUUAGAGAAUUUAAGCACUCCAAAAAUAAACCAAUUUAAUAAUUUACUGUUCUAAAAAUCCAAUAUUGUUUGAUUAUUUAAUAUGUCUAUAUUUGAUUAUGAUAAUUUUACCUCCCAUUCUGUUUAAAGUACAGUAACUGGAAUUUUAAUUUUUAAAAUAGAAAACUGGAUAGGGAUUACUAGGUAGGGUUUUGAAAGUAUAUAUUUUUCUUCAGAACAGUGUAAUAGGAUUCCAAAACUUUAAACUAGUAUAUUUAUAUAAUGUGUGUUCUAACUUAACUAUAAUUUGUUAAAUUUUAGUUAUUUCCUCCCCUUUUAUGAAGAAAAAAAAAGAUGCAUAUAUGUUUAAUGUGACUGAAUGGUUAUUUAUAAUGUGAAGGAAUGUAAUACUGUACAGAAUGGCCAUAAGCUCACUGGUAGUAAAAACAACAACAAAAAACCCUACAAGAUUCUACUGUUGGAAAAGAAAUUUCAGUUUUAAAUUUGUAAUAUAAAAUGUGUAUUUGCAAAUAGUGACCAAGUUUCCAUCUAAAAAGAAUUCCAUUCUAGCAGUGUCACUAAUCAUCUACAAAACUUAAAAAACAAACAAAAACAAAACCCCAGUAACUUGCUUUGUAAAUUCAUGUGUUUUAUCUAUACUUGGUACAUGCUUCAUUGAUUCAAAGGAAUAAAUCUUUUGUUUAUUGGACGUGAUUGUGUAAACUUUUGUCUAUUGUCUGAAAAAGUUAUUGUGAUUCUCAAAAUAUUUUGACUGUAUAGUUUUGGUGUCCAUCUUAUAAGAUUUGUCAGCAAGAUGUAUGAUUAUUCUUUACUGUUUUGUGAGGUAAUAUUGGUUUUGAAAAUAUGUAUAAGCUAAGAACAGUAUUUUAUUGAUUAGUAGUUAUUGUAUCUAUCAACUAUAAAAUCAAAUGCCAGCAAAGGACUUUAAAACUUUAAGUUUUAAGUAGAGAAUUGUUUUGUGUAGCACUGAAAUAUUCUGUCAGUGCUGUAAGUCACUAAAUGUUAUUAGUAGCUGAAUGGUAUUUUUGUAUUAAGAGUUUACAGUUAGAUAACAUACGUGGAUGACGGCUUUGGGGGGCCAAUAGUGAAAGUAUAUUCAUCUAAAAUAUUUCCCUAAGCAGUGGUGUAUAUGGUUAUUUUAUUAGAGUGUUUGUAUCUGUUCCAAGUUUGUCUGUGAAUUAAUGCUUUAGUCUUUGUUUCUGUUACUAUGUAAGGAAAAGUCCAGAAGUAGACUACAUCACAUAAAACCAACAUUGUUAAAUAUCAGAAAAUAUAAAUGCUUAACUCUUAAGAUUUACUAGAUAUGGUUGUCAUUAUUCAUAAUAAAUGACCAGAUGCUUAUAGUGUAUAAAAUUACCUAUACCCAAUUAGAAUUAUCUUCCUAAAUCUUUAUUUAAUAACAUGCUAUUCCUAUUUGCUAGUGAGAGAAUGCUAAUAUUUCAUAUACUGUGGCAGAGUACUAAAGCAUGUGCUCUCUCAGGUGGGAAACAGAAUUUUUGAAUGAUAUACUAUCAGAUGAAAAUAAAGAGAGGGAGACACACAAGUUUUAAAAAAAGUAUUCGGAGGCAUUUUUAUGGGCCAUUUGAAGAUUUUACAGAACAUUCCUGUUUAUUUUUUGUGAAAUAAGAUGCUUGUCUUAGCAGUAUGCAUUCUUUUAAAAGGUCAGAUAUGCUUUCAGUUGCCUAAGGCUAAAUUUUGUUCCAUUUGAUAUCAGGGUUGUUCUAAGCACUGUACUUAACACAAAGCUCUUUCUCAGUAGGUUCCCCCCUCUCCCCAACUUUUCCUCACCAUUGACUUCUUUUGAUAGCUGUUUUUUCAUGUUGAAAUAGGACAAUGGAUAAUUCAUCCAAAUUAUUCAUCUAUAGUUUAUAUAAGAAAAAUUCUCCAGGUUGCCAUUUUCAACCUUUCAGUUAAAGCCUAAGCUAAAUGGUAGUAAUAUCUUUGUUUACAAAGAGGUUUCUUAGGAAGAAUUUUGGUUUCGUGAUAUAUUUGUGAAGUAGGGAAUAGAUGUUAAUCAUUAUUUUAUUGAUAAGUGAUUUGUAUGUGAUUAAUAACAAAUAAAACUGGUACUAAA